GCGGCGUUCAGCCAGCGCCGAGCAGCCAGCGCUGCGCAAGUGACAGUGAACAUGGUGCCUCGCCGUUCGCGACGCUUUUGUGUGGCCAGCUAGCGGUGCCUUCCGACGUGUUUCGAGUGUGCGUGCACCAGUGACCAUGGUGGGUUCCUGAUCGACGUCGUAACCCGGAGUUACCACACCGGUGCCGCUCAAUCGGUCCCCGAAAACACAACGACGCGCGUCAUGGAUGUGGUCGGCGAGGACCAAGCGCUGCAGGCGGUCUUGGGCCGAACUGACUUCGGCGGCAUCGACAACGACGCCCUCGACUUCAGCCAGCUCGAAGACUACAUCAACAACGACGGCAACAUCUACUUCCACGAUGAGCUGGUGAGUGGCGAGCCCCCGACGCCUGGCAAGCGACCGUGCGCUCCCGCUCCGUCCACACCGGCUGGCUCCGGCCUCGGCUCUCUGGGACAGCGCGACGUACUGCCUUCCGUGGCCGCUCUGCUGCACGGAGCUCUCUCGCCGGCAGAGGCCGCCGUCAGCGCACCCCAGCCCACGGCAAACUCCGGCCAAACGCUCGGGAACGGAAGCCGGCAGCAUCUACUUCCGGAAAGUCCACCUGACAGCGGUUCGGAGCCUCCCUUCUCACCCAUCGCAGAUGCAGCGGACGGGGCAAAGGUGACCGGUGCCGGCCACGUGAUGCAGUCGUCACCGAGGCAGGCUCCUCCCAUUCUGCCGCUACAUCUGUCCUACCACCCGGCAACUUCGGUGCAGCACCAGCAACCUCCACCCCCACACCUUUCUGCCACGCAGGCCCCUGGAGGCUUCCAGACCAGGGAUGCAAGUGGAGCUGCCAGUGGUCAUGGUUUGCAACUCCUGCCUGGUAACCUUGCCACUGACAGCGAGCAGCAGCAACAACAGCAGCAGUUACUCAGCAUGCUCAGCAUGCCUCCCCAGCAGUCAUCUGUUGUACCACUCUACAGAAGGUUUCUCCAGCAGCAGGCACACCUUCAAGAUCUGGAAGAUCUGGGACGAGAUGACUUCAUGCGUGACGAGAUUCCCGACUGCUCAGGGGGCUCUAAUCCUAAGAGGAGACGACUUUCUGAUGCAAGUCAAUCAAAUGGCCUUGUACAAGUGAAGCAGGAGCCAGCUGGGCCUUCAGCAAUGGCAACGACAUCAUCAGUGACAACAGCAGCGGCGGCAUCCGAUGCUGUUGCGCCUUCGCUGUCUCUCGUGGAUGACGAGUGCAGCUAUGACGCUGCUGCGGGCGGCAGUUCGCUCGACGGAAGUGGCUUCGCGGACACUAACGUGCCCUGCAUUAGCUUCCAAAACUUCCAGGAGCACACGUGGCUCCCACUCCACGACAGGACCCUCCAACCAUUGCAGCCAGUUGUGUUCCGGGCCGAUGCAGACAAGGGGUUCAACUUCAGUGCCGCAGAUGAGGCGCAUGUUUGCCAGAAGAAAAACCACUUCCAAGUCACCGUGCAUGUGCAAGCCUUUGGGGAUCCUGCCUAUGUCAAGGUCCCCGAUGGACGCCUGCAGAAGAUUGAUGCCUUCUACCUGCAUUUCUUUGGUGUCAAGAGGGAGUCACCAUCGCAGACCAUCAAAGUGGAACAGUCACAAGCUGACCGCACCAAAAAGCCUUUCUAUCCCCUUCCGGUCGACUUGAGCAACAAUCAAGCUGUGAAGCGCACAAUAGGGAGGCUGCACUUCAGCGAAACGACAUCCAACAAUAUGCGCAAGAAAGGGAAGCCUAACCCUGACCAGCGCUACUUCUACCUGGUGGUGAGCUUAUGUGCACAUUGCGGUGAUGCCGUCUACACCAUUGCAGCACAGUCCUCUCAAAAAAUUAUAGUUCGGGCCUCGAAUCCUGGCCAGUUUGAAAGUGACAUGGAGCUGACCUGGCAAAAGGGAUCAACACAUGAUGCCAUUUACCAUAUGGGCCCCGUUGGAAUAAACACUGAGAGAACUGAUGAGAAACUGGUUGUUAAUGGAAAUAUACUGCUGUCAGGCCAUCUCAUUCAGCCAUCUGAUGAGCGGGCAAAGUCAGAUGUCAUUGAGCUCGACACCAGAGAGCAGCUCAAGAAUGUGGCAAACAUGCGCAUCUAUCGCUACCGCUACAUACCCGAGUACGUGGAGCAUGCAGGCCUCAAAGAUGCGACAGACACCGGUGUGUUGGCGCAAGAGGUGCAGCAGAUUCUCCCUGACGCCGUGCACGACGGCGGUGAUGUGCUGCUCGGCAACGGUGACUGUAUCGAGGGUUUCCUGGUCGUCAACAAGGAGCGCAUUUUCAUGGAAAAUGUUGGGGCUGUCAAGGAACUCUGCAAGGUGACUGACAGCCUCGGGACUCGAAUUGAUGAGCUGGAGAAGAUGAACCGUGCACUGAACAAAAUUAAACGGGUUGACAGUGUCAGGUCAUGUUCCAGCAGUAACAGCACAAUUGUCAGUCGCACUUCUUUCCCCUCCAGGAGGAAUGCAUUGAGGGGCAAAAAGAAAAACGAAAAACCCUUCUGCAGCAAUAAGCUUGUUCAAGGAACCAUAACCAUUCUCAUACUUGUCAUGGCAUUCUGCCUGGCUGCCAUGGCAUCAUUGUACAUUCUCGAAUGGCAGCGAAGAAAUGAUCUGGUAGCGAAUAGUUCAAUCAAUCGUCAUGUAGUGCCUGUAAACAGCAGCAGCCAAGCAGAGCAGGGUACAAAAGGGCACAGCAACUCUGUUGACAAUGCAACUAAAUACAAGGACCCAGCAGACUCGACUAAACUUCAUCAUGAUGAAAAUGAGUCCAAACUGCCACCCACCACGAGACGGAAAGGAAUAGACUCUAGCAAUUCUGUGCCGAUACCUCCAAAUGCUGCUGGCCCAGCAACACGGUGGACUCACCCGCCAACAACACCUGCACCUCCCUUGGCCACAACUUCCGUGCCCAUUCUGCAGCCCAAGGUGAUUGGUACACCCCCGGAAUGCUUAGACGGUGUGCUGGCAUCAUGUACUGCCCACUGCUGUGUGGCUGCCAUUCCUGAAUCUCAAGACAGCAAUGCUCAAAGGGUGGGGCCUGCAGUUGUUGCUUCUACAGAGGCCUCUAGGUCAUCAGUAGAUAAGUCCAACAACAGUGUACCAGACUCGCCGGACCUGUCCAAGGCAAAACAGCCACUGGAUGAUCAGCCCUUGUUGGACCACCUGGCUGACACAGGCAGUGGACGGGUGUUUGUGGACGUGCAAGACAACAGUGCCCAGUGGGGCAAGCUGGGGGUGGUUCCCACUGCCCUCGUGCCACCCACGCAGCCUUCCCUCGAGCUGGGCUCUCUGGCAACAGUUGUGGAAACUGACCGCGUCCAGGAUGCCGAGGUAAAGCGUGCCGAUCACACAGACAAUGGUGCCGACAGCAUCGAUGCAUUGGCUUCUUCCCAUCGCCGUUCCAAGGCCAUGAGCAGCAGGAAAGGGGGCCACACAGUCGUCCAGUCACUUCGACUACUUGAACUUAAUGUGACACUUGGCCAGGAGUACUGCAACACUCUACAGUGUGUCCUGAGGUCUGGGCCUACAUUCAGCUAUCUGGUGCCACUGUCACGUUAUAUGCCACUGCAGUAUGUUACUCUGCAGUUCAGCCUUAUAGGUCCACACAAAAUGGCAAGCUGCAGCCCUCCAGAGAAGCAGAUAGCCUGCCCAGCACCUCUGCCAGGACUGGAUACACGGCCCAUGGCUUCGUUUCUGCCUCAAGACAAAAACCACUGGGCAGAGGAAGCUGCACCAUCUUGGAGAGUACCGAUUGGACUUUUCCUGCAAAGCAGCUACAACUUCAGAAUUCUCAAACAAGGGGAACAUUUCGAACAGCCAUGCAGCUUACCAAAGAGCAAGGCUGGUGAACUGUUCUGGGACUACAGUGUCACAUUCCACAGGCACUGCGAGAAGUGAAUGCAGAAACCGUCACGCACGACUCGUCAAAGCCGGGGCAGCACGGCAAGGCACUGGUGCUCCCCUCAUCGCAAAGUGGCAGUGCCCCUAUCAACAUGGUGGACAAAUUGCCACGCGAAGCUGCAACGUGUGAAGUGCUAAUUAACAGUCAGGCUGGACGCCACAUGCGCCCUCGACCACAACUUCAUCACCCAAGUCAACAACGUGCACAGCCCGACAAGCUGUGUUCCCAGUGAACUCUCUCGAGUGCCGUCAUUGUAAAUAAGACUUGAGUGACUGCGCUGGAAGGCUGCAUUGUCCAUACACAUUCCGUCCAGACUAGCUGCGCCACAGCUGACGAGAGUUUCACAACGCCAGUGACUGCAGGUCUACCACGCUAUACUCGCACAGCUCAGCGUCAUUUUUGUUAGAAUGCUGUGAAAAUAUUGACUUGCAAGCUCGAUACACAACUUCCUUUGGUUUUUAUUUUUCACCCUGUACCAUUAUUCAAAAUAGUUUUGAAGCAUCAUAUUUUUCGAAGUGAAUGCAAGCAAAAAUAUCUCACAACAGUGAUUAGUGGCCCUAUACAACAUGGUAGAGCUUACGAGGUCUAAAUAAUAGGACUUUACAGCCACAAGUAACAAUUCUCACAAAAGCCCAGUCUCUGCGAAAAAGAAGUUCCAACGUAGACACACUGCAAGCUAAGAUAGGAAAGUGCGCUCAGCGCAAUUACAUGUGAGAAAAAGAAUGGUGCACUGUUAACUGUGUUCACGUGAAUAUAAUGCAGCCACAUGUACUACGAUACAAGACAGCAGGAACUAGGAAGGUCUGAAAGAUUAAACUGCGUGUUAUGACCAUGACAUUUCUUGAUGCUGCAGAAGGCAACUCUGGACAAGGGCUUAGAAAAAUGAAAAAUAACUUGUGCAAGGACUUGGGAGAUAUCUGCGAGCUGUUAAUUUGUUCAUUCUAGAUAUCCAUCUUCAUUUGCUCAAAGUCACUGUUUCAUAUGUGCAGUACAACUUAACAGUGAAGUUUGGCCUCUACAAACUUUGCCUUGGUGCCAUCAUUGCGCGAUGCUUCACUUUUUCAAAUAUUGUAACCAGCUUGUAGAAUAUGGAACUUUUAAUAUUUCUUUCUUACAACUACUUUCUUUUUAACAAUCACGAAAUUGUUUCAGUACUUCUUACAUUUUUUUUUUGCAUGGUGCCUUUAAUUCUUUUGAUUGUUCAGUAGGCAUCAUUUCUUUCAAGUGGGGGUUUCAAACAAUGUGGAAUUACGCCAGCAUUUUACAUUGGAUGCCCAUGUUGGGCAGAUGGAAAAUAGUUAAUCCCUACCACGGAAGCUUCAAGUGUCAAAAGCAGAUAGAACGGUGUGCAAGAGCUUUUGGCUGGUGGAAACAGUGCACUGGUCAAUGAUUAGGCCCAGUGCUCAUGUUAAUCAAAAAUGAUAAUGUUGAUGAUUAUGCCAUUCGUAAUAAGUGCAUAUUUAUUCUACUGGACUACAUAACGGAGAAUUUCGUCGUAAAUCUUAAAAUGUGCGACAGUUUGAAACAUCAACGUUCAUUUUUCUUUUUGGUCAGUGCUUGCUUCCUCUUGCUUUAGCUUAUGUAAAAAUUCUGUUUUGACCAUAUGCAUAUCAACAUAUUUUACACCUGCCCAAGCGAAUGCAGUUAUGCACCUCUAGAUGUUGCACUGUGUCUAGUCAAAGGAAUUACAAACAGAAGAAUUAAACCAGGCUCAGCCUAUAGACUAUCCUUAAAAGAGUAGCACAGUUGCUACUUUUCACUGCAAAUAGGGCUUCAUUGAGAUAGAAAGCAGAAUUGAAGUAAAGUACAGUUGUCACCAAAAAACUGUAGUGCAGCUUAUAACAAAAUAUAGAAAUGCAUAGGUGGUGUUAUGGCUCAUCAGGUGCAUUUGCUCUAGAUGCAAGCAGCAAACAUUGCGAAAUAUGUGUGAUAGACCACACGGGCAAGUACUAAGAGGCAGGCACAAAGAAAAAUGAUCUUUAAAAGCAGUUGCCCACGAAAGAUUGUAGAACACUGAAUUGGUAAAGAAAGCGGAAAAAAAUUCUUGCAAAGCCCCUCGAAAAAAAAAAGUCUGAGUGGGCUGUUGCCACUGCAGCAAGCCUCGUGGCCCAUUAAAUUAGAAGUGCCAGGUCCUAAGGGAGCAGCAAUUCAUAUAUAUCGUGGAAACAGUGUCCAGCAUAUUUCCAUGAUCAUAAGCAGAUUGCUGUGGCUAUUGAAAAAUAAAAAGCCAGGAAAGGCGGGAUGGCAAAAUGGUGGGUUUUGUUGCCAUUCUGACAUUAAGAGCACGCUUCUUUUCUCUAUAGGCGUGCUGCAAUGCUGAUGUUAACUAAACAGGUUGGCUGCUUUCUUAUAUGCGUUCUUUCUUGUGACCAUAGUUCUUUCUGCAACUUGACAGUUGUGUUGCCUCAUUUGUCAUUCAUGUCUAUUGUACGGAACGUCCAACUAGCCCAACUACACCUUACCUACCUUAGACCAUGUGAACUAGCAUCUGGUUUCACUUCAUGUGGCUCAUGUAAACCUUGUUGUGCUAUUCAUCCCGAGAUAAGUUAAUUUGAUGUGCUUUUUUUUUUUGCCUUCAGCUGCUACUGUGCAGGUUUUUGGCAUAUUAUGCUUGGUGUCGCUCACUAAACGGUUCAAACUUUUAAAAAAUUAUGCCAUUUUAUUUUCAAUUUCUUAGUAAAGACAGACUUUACAAGGAAAAGUUAUUUCCUGAUGUGCCCUCCAUCGUUACCUUUUGAAGAUAGCUGCAGUUCACUAAGCUGUGAAACUCUCUGCCAGGUGUGGCAUAUGGCUAUGAUCUCUCCAUCGUUUUUUGCUCCGUGGUCCCUUGUGGGAGACCUCUUUUGAUUGGGGCUUGUGUGUGUGCCAUUGCAGAAAUCAUUGAUGCACAUUCAUUUUUGUCCACAGUAGUAGUACUAUGGUAUAGUAGUGCAAUACGACAUGCUAAGUGCAACCAUUUUUUGAGAGGGGGUCCCAAGGCAUGCAUGCACAGUUUAUAUGGACACUCUAUUGCUUAGACAGCGUUUGGUUGGUGGCACUUCAAAAGUCCAUUGUUAGUCUAAGUGAAAGAGGAAAAAAGAAAUAUAUGUACACUCCCCAUCAACUAAGAGAUUGUGCUCUCUCUAUUCCAGAGCAGGCAUUUUCUUAUGCAGCUCGCACCCAGCAGUCCUAAAGCCCAGCAGUCAUAACUAUACCACGCAGUCGGAAUACUGCGACAAACAUCUAUUACCGAAGCAGUUAACCCCAUUCACCCCGAAAAAUUUCUGGUUGGUAACAAUAUCGCACGACAGAAAAAAGCCGGCAUUGUGCCAAUCGGUCCGAGUGAUUUUCGUAGCUGGGAAAAAAGCAUUGCUCAUUGCAGCAUUGUAACAUGGAAUUAAGAGAAAACAGAGGGAAGGUGUACAGACUCACAGGCGCCGUGGAAUGCUGCUAGUGCAGCCAUAGUAGUACGGCGCAUUUCAGGAAAGUUGGUGGACGCAAUGAGCCCUGGCCGGGUUAGAGGGGCGACACAAUGCACAUGCAGAGAUAUGCAUGCGUGUUGCACCUCCUCUCUGGGCUGGCCAACAAUGCGAAUUUUGUCGCCGAUGAAAUUGCACCCGGUCGCACGAUAGAAAGCUUCCCAAUGUGAACGCACCUUUAAUGAUGUCGCAAGGCGGAGCUUAAAGGGGCCCUGCAACACUUUUCCAAGUAGCCAUAGAAUGGCUUCACUAACGGAGCUUAUUUCCUCACGAACCAACCACCGCAAAAAUUUUUAGAAUCCGUCCAGUACGAGCGGAGUUACAAAGAUUUGUCGCACGCUGUAAUUGCUUUCUCUCUUCUCUCGUCCCCACAAAAGCGCUGGAAGCUAAGCAGGGAGGGGGGGCACAGGGGGAAGAAGGUACGUCACGUGUGCCUCGUUACAUGGAGCACCUUUUUUUUUUUCUUCGAACGCGCAGCGUACUUUCAGGGCGAUUGUGCGCACAGGGGCAAGUGACGGCCUCCCGCGGCGGCCGCAGUAGCUACCAAGUGCACCAUGCUCAAAUCAGCCAACGGCGUGGAACUUGAGUCGGUGACACAAUGAUUUUGAGUCGAAAGCAUCAUUUGUCGA